GAUUUCUCUGUCAUAGUAAUAGGCUUACGCACUAGAAUUAAAGCUAGCGUUUUAGUAUCAAUAAUAGGAAACGGAAGUAAGCAAAAGAUAGUAGUUAUCGAUCAAAACACAAGAUGUCUGGAAAAGACAGGAUCGACAUAUUCCCCUCCAGAAUGGCUCAGACCAUCAUGAAGGCUCGACUGAAAGGGGCACAGACCGGCCGCAGCCUGCUCAAGAAGAAAUCCGAUGCCCUUUCGAUGCGAUUCCGUCUAAUCCUUCGCAAAAUAAUUGAAACCAAGACCAAGAUGGGAGAGGUGAUGAGAGAGGCAGCCUUCUCUUUGGCUGAAGCCAAAUUUGCAGCUGGAGACUUCAGCACAACCGUAAUCCAGAAUGUCAACAAAGCCCAAGUUAAGGUCCGGGCUAAGAAAGACAAUGUGGCAGGUGUUACUCUACCAGUUUUUGAGCACUACCAAGAAGGCGGGGACAGUUACGAGCUGACUGGUCUGGCCAGAGGAGGAGAGCAGCUUUCCAGGUUAAAGAGGAACUACGCUCGAGCUGUGGAGCUGCUCGUGGAGUUAGCCUCCUUACAGACAUCUUUUGUCACUCUAGAUGAAGCCAUAAAGAUUACCAACCGCCGUGUGAAUGCUAUUGAGCAUGUGAUCAUUCCCCGGAUUGAUCGCACCCUCACCUACAUCAUCACAGAACUGGACGAACGAGAACGAGAGGAAUUCUACAGACUGAAGAAGAUCCAAGAGAAGAAGAAGCAGCACAGGGAAAAGACAGAACUGGAGAUUGCGGCCCGGCUCGCUAAGCUGGGUCCCAUUGCAGAACCUGCUAACAUGCUGGCAGAGGAGACGGAUGAAGACCUGCUGUUUGAGUAACAGGCGUCUACAGGCCAAAAGUCACUGAUUUCACCAGUCAUUCUAUUUAUUCUGUGCCUCUCUGGCCAUAUCUGUGUCUUCUCAUGCAAGUGAUGUAAGUUGUUUUUUUGUGUACUUACCUUGAUGAAUAGUUCUGUUGUUUCAGUGCUGAAAGGUACUGUGUGUUUCCAGAUUUGUCACUGUACAGAUCCAAAUUGGCUGUUAACCACAAGGGGGUCAGUUCACUCCUGUAGAUCAUUAAAUUGAUAACAAUAUAAAUAUGUUUACACACAGUUUGUGAGUGAAAUUAAAGAAGCAUUCUGUGUAGCUGAUCAGCAAGCAAAUACUUAGGUUUGCUCACAACAUUUAGAACCAUUGCAUGCUGUAAAGGUGGUUGUAGAUUUCACAGAGUGUGUGAGUUUAUGUAUGUGGAGGCCUCUCCCACUGCUGACCUCAUAUCACAGGGUCAUUGUUACCUCACGUGAGGAUGUUCCAAAAGAACCCCUAAUGUGGCCCUACUGUAAAACUGAUGUCCACAAAGCCCAGCACCUUGACCAAAUAAAGAUGUUCUGGAUACUCAA